GUAUGUAUGUAUGUACAUACAUGCGUUGCAUCGGAGGUUCCCUGCAUGAAACAAGUUGUAAAUGGUUGUAACUUGCAGAAACAUGUUUGUAUGAGCACCUUUCCUGAAACCACUUGAAACCCUCAAUGCCUAUGAUCCUAUAACGUUGUAAACAAGGUUUUGAAAGUACCUAAUACCUCGAAGAAAACGUUUAAAAAAUAAUUCAAAAGCUCACAAUCAGUGAAAAGCGUAGCGAGGUUCAUAAGCACACUGACAUAUCCAAUUCGUCCUGAUAUAACCUUAAAAAUGUUUGACGCACGCGAAGAAAUUAUCAGAGAACUGUCAUCGUGUGAAUUGACGUACAACAGCCUACAGUGUAAACAUUUUGCGAGGAAUAUCAACAGCACAGCUGUCAAAAUUGAAUUGAAUAAAAUUUCAUAUUUAUCCAGGACAUGAAUAUCGCAACUGUGAUAGAAGUUUUGGAAAGUUACCAUGGAAGGGAUAAGGUGUUGAGAUUACUGACGUACUUAGGCAAGCUAACUUCUGGAAUUGCCUCAUCCCAAAAUGUCGCGAUCAAGUCACAAAUUUUCUCUAACCAAAUUAGUGGCUGUCGUGUCAUGUUGCGGCUAUUAGAUGAUAUUCCCAUGCUGCAUCACGUCGUCAGCUAUGGUUUGGGCAAAGCGGAACCUGACUGGGUUAUUAGAUGGGCCAAUCUGUUGAAAAACUUGUUGGAUGUAAUUUUCAGCCCAAUUGAACAUAUCUGCUGGGCUGGAGAAUGCAAAAUUUUAUCAGUAAACGUUGCGUCGUUGGACCUUGUCACUACUUGGUGUUGGGUGAUUUCUCUUUACCUGUCUCUAGUAAAGUCACUAAGAAAAGUGAUCCAAUUAGAAAAGCAAAAGGUUUGCUUACAACAGUCUGAGAGCAACAUUGGGUUAGCGUCACGCAUGUUGGAUGUACAACAACGUGACGAGUCACUGUCUUGCCUAAGGUUAAUCUUGGACCUGAGCUAUGCAGUGAAUUACUUGCCAUCUGGAGUUUUAUGGGGAGGCAAACUCAAGACAUGGCAUGUGGGAGUGUUUGGGACUGUCUCAUCAUUAAUAGUACUGUACCAGAUGUUCAGUAAACGUACAGUGUCAAAAAACAUGAUUGGUAAUGCAAGAUACAACGGGGUAGUUACUUAUCAAGAACACUUUUUAUUGUUUUCAACGACUUGGUUUGCAUUACACAUUAUGCUUCCACAAGGAUAUAUCUAACGGGAAAAGGCUAAAGCGUUAUAGAG